CGUCACGAUUGUUCACAAUCAACAAUUGUAGAGUUGAAAUCGGAAAUGCACUUUGGUAUCACAGUAGAAACAUUAUCGAAGUAGAAAAUCUUGAAAGCAAGCUCGAGUGCUCUUGUCUUUCAAACGUUAAAUUUAUAUUCUUGGUGUAAGCUCUCAUCAUAUAUUUGGAAUUCAGUGUGUCAAAUUUCUCUCCAAUUACUGUAUUUAUUCCAAUCUUCGUCUGUAUUCAUCCUUCCAAAUAAUUAAUUGAUGGCUAUAUCAUUCCCUCGGUGUGUCAACAGUCACCAUAUUUUCGAACAGAAAAGAUUUUUUUUGUUAUCUUAUUCAUAAUUCAUUUGAAGUAGUAGUCCGUAAUAUCUCUCCAAUCGCCAAAAAUGGAUCAGAAUAAUCGUCCCACAGAAAUCAAAUAUAUCCAUAAGUUGCCUUGGCUGGUAAAAAUGGAGCUGUCCGCGCUUUUGGAUCGAACUAGCAAGUGGGUGGAACUUGCAGGUAAACAUAUGAAAUUUGAUAGCCUGACUAUUGAGGAGUUAAAAAGAAGCAGGACUCCAACCGAGAACCUUUUGAAUCGAUGGAGCUAUGAGAAUCUUCGAACCAUACUUGAGCUAUUUAAGCUUCUAUCGGAAAUGCAACACUACAAGGCGAUGAAUAUUUUGAGGCCGUUUGUUGAUGUCAAGUAUCAUGGCCUCAUAGAUGAAGGAGAAGGAAAUUUCAAGAGGCUCUUUGGCCCUAUAGAGGUCAAUGGCAAUUCGAAAGAUUUAAAAAUUGGUUCUCAAAACUUUGAUCAAGUUCAACCAGUUCGAAUUGAUAAUCCAAAGAUCAUUGUCAAUCAAUCUGCCAAUGAAGAGGGAGUAAAAAUAUUGAAUGGAAAACCAGAGCUAGGCAUUGGAAUCUUGAUGAGUGAAUCAGACAACACGUUGGUACCUUCUGACGGAGCAUCUUCUUCACCUGAUGUUUGCGGCUCAGCCCCUACCUUACAACCUACUGCGAGUACUGCUUCAACUAAGAAAAACUUAGCUAACAGUGGUCUGCCACUGAUUUCAUACAACGAAUUAGCUACUGCCACAAAUGGUUGGAGUUCUGUUACCGUUUUGGGAAGAGGUAGUUUUGGAACAGUGUUCAAAGGUAUUUGGAAAAAUACACCAGUUGCAAUUAAGAGAUUAGAACAGCGUGUGUCCGAUACAAACGGAAGUUAUGUAACCCAGCUACAACAAUCGUUAAGAGAAUUGAACAUUUUGAAUUCAUACCGACACGAUAACAUACUUCCAUUAUACGCAUAUAGCAUGGGUCCUGAACCACCCUGUCUAGUAUAUCAAUUCAUGCCAAAUGGUUCUCUACAAGACAGACUACAGUUGAAAUAUAGAACAAAACCCCUAACUUGGUUGCAAAGACACGAAAUAGCCAAGGGUACAGCCAGAGGUUUGCAAUAUUUACAUACUAGAGACAAGCCUCUUAUCCAUGGCGACAUUAAAAGUGCUAACAUUUUGCUGGACAAGAACUUUGAACCAAGGAUCGGUGAUUUUGGGUUAGCUCGAGAAGGGCCUGAAAAAAACCACAUUAAAGUCAGUGGAAUUCGGGGCACUCGGCCUUAUUUGCCCAAUGAAUUCUUGCACGAUAAAAUUUUAUCGACCAAAAUUGACACGUAUAGUUAUGGUAUUGUAUUAUUCGAAUUAGCCACUGGUUUACCGGCAUGUGUUCACUGGCACGGGAAAGACGGAUUUGUGAAAGAUAUUAUAGGGAGCUAUGAAGAAAAAGAUUUGAAUCUCUUUAAAGAUGUUCGAGCUGGUAAAGAAAACGAUCAAGUGUUCGAUCAUCUCAUUGAGUUAGGAAAAUUGUGUUCCAAAGAGUUAUCUAAUGACAGACCCGACAUGGUUGACGUUCUUAAGUCAAUCGAGGAGUACUGAGCAUCAAGACAAAUUGGAAUUCAUUCAUAUUUUGCGGGGGGAAGGGCCUUCUGGAGAUAAGCUAUAAUCACAUUACCUUCCAAAUGUUUGGUUCCUUCUGAACGAUCAAGUCAUUAGUAUUAAAAAUUUUAUACACAAAUAGAUGAUGAUAAGAUAUUUGAUAAAAGUUGAAUCUCUUGAAUAGCUACAUUGGGUAGCAUUUUGUGUGUUCGCUAAAUGCCAGUAAACAAAAGUGUCAAGCCAGAAUUAAUACAUAUAAAAAAUCUUCUAGUAUUUCAGUACAAAGAUUAUAAAAAUCAUUGGCAAAAAAAUAAAAAUCAUCAGUUAAUAAAGUUACACCGGUGCUACUCCGAUCAGAUAUACACUUUGACUUGUUGUAACUUAGUAUCGAAGGAAAAUGCAAUGAAUCAAUAAGUAUA